AUGCUUCCAGAGCCUACACCACUUGCAACAGCCACAAUCCAGAGUUCUAUCGAGCAAAAUUCGCCGACUUCCCAACAUGGCUUUCUCCACGACGACCAACCCGCAGUCGCUCUGUCACCAGCCAAUGCAGAGACGACUAGCGGAGAAGAGCAGUCAGCGCUUGACGCUGCGCUCGCAGCAUCAUUGCAGGAAAGAGCAGAAGACGGCGCAGUCAGCGCGAGCUCUGUCAAGCGGUUGAGCGCGAGGGCUACGCCUUCGCCGCCGGCGCGCAAUCGAGUCUUGGAAUAUGAACAAGCGUCUACACCGCCUGUCAGGAAGAGAGAAGGACCUGCAUUUGAGGUCAUCAAGAAACCUCGAAAUCCCGGGGACAAGAGCUCUCCUAUUCAGGACCUCCCAAAUGAGGUCCUGACCCACGCUUUGGCCCGACUUGCUCCCAACGAUCUUGCAUGCGUCUCGCUUGUCUCAAAGCGCUUUCACAGCCUAGUUACAGGACCUCACGCGUGGCGAACAGCGUUCUCACAUUUCUUCCCCGGGUCAGAUUCUAUCAAUUGCGAUCUACUUGAAAAUGACAGCGAUUCUCAGGCUGUGGUCAAGUCCGAGAGGCGUGCUUUUACGCGUCUUACGCCUUUGGCAUCAUGGCGAAGCGAGUACAUUAUGCGAACAAGGCUGCUGCGAUCCUUGUCUCGCGGUAAGCCGAUGCAGGCGGCCAAUUCCCAUGCCACUCGAACCCAAACCGUUGCUCCGACCGUCAUGUACAAUUCGCAGCUCUACACUACCAUUAACCAUAUUCACGCCACAUUCGGAUCUGUGACAAACAAAAAGCUGCCCCGCUUUGCGCAUGGAGCGGACGAGUUUGGGACUGCUACCAGUAGCGAUCCCAACGCUGCGAAAGUUGAUAGCUGGGGUCUCACAGAUCCGCAAAUUUUUCCACAGUUCGCCGAUCGGUUUCCAGGGGAUGCGCAAUAUGGGCUCGGUCCUGGCGAGGUGGUGGGACUGCCCAACUCUAUGGACGUCAGUCAGCCGUAUGGCAUGAUUGUUGGUGAAGGCGCCCCUGGAGGCAUGGUCUAUUACCGUUCUACCGAGGAAAUGCGCGGCCGCUUUUUGACUCCUACUUCUGCGGUGACUGCCCAUGAGCUUGGAAUCCCGAGGAUUGCAUCGAACAAUGAAGCCGUCACUGCAGUGUGGAUCGCGAAAUCUGCUGCUGUUCCCAGUCUCACAGACGGCCUGAUCGGGCUCUUCUCUGGAUCUUCACUUGGUGUGCUCACGGCAUAUAGCCUUGGUGCCUCAAGCAGUGGCAGCACUCGUAAUCAGAGAUACAGUCGUGGCGAAACGACGGCUCGCUGGGUGCUUAGUCCUGGUGUGCCAAUCAUUCAGAUCGCCGUCGACAACGAGCACACCUUGAAUCGCAUGGCACAGAACCGAAUAUGGGUUGUUGUGCUGAACGCUCUGGGUGAAGUUUUCUAUCUGACCAAAUCUCCCAAGCGGCCGCAUCUCGACCGUGGUUCCCGACUCGAUGACGAGGCUAUUGAGCGGAUGGCAUGGCAGACUGGGCGCACUGUUUAUUGGAACACCGUCGAACCAAGCAGACGUAUUGCUAAAGUGGACCCGUACGCCGAUGGGAGCGUCGAUGGUAGCUACUCGCCGCGCUCUUCUUGGAAUGGCAUGUGCCUGAGCACUGGUCAAAUCUCAGCUGAGACCCAAGAAAUUGAGGCCUUCAUGCGACGCAAGCCCAAAGACUUUCAGCGCUUAUGCGCGGGCUGGGACAUGCGCCGCGUGCUUGAGGUCGACUUUGCUGGUGAUGACGGCAAUAAUGCGGGCGAGAACAUCGUGGUAUUCGGAUGCGCAAGGGAGGAAGGCAGUAUUGCCAGCGUGAGGCGCUACAGUCGUCUUCGCGUUCAAGACCGUGCUGCCUCGCAAACGGUUCCGCCACCAAACCUGACUUCUGCCAUCACAGAGGCCUCCACGCCGCCAUCUAUGUUUGGUGGUUCCCCAUCGCCCAUCACAAACCCUGCUACGGGCCUUUCUCUGGGGCUGCUGAGCACCUCUCUUGCCCACGAUGAGUUUGAUGGAGCUACCACACCUAGGCCCAUGGCUGAAGAGUGGCGGACUACCGAUUAUUCCAUGGGCGGGAUCAAGCAUGUCGAGAUUUUAGCCACGACAAUUGAUCGAUCGACCUUCGCUACCCAAACCGCUUCCGAAGACCCCCUACUUGGCUUCUCCGGCAGAUCUGCAGCCUCGUCGCCUUCAUACACGCCGAUGAUAGCUCCCGACUCUGCUGUAUCUUCAUCAGACGUACCGGGUCAGCGUGCUCGUAUGUUCGCCAUUGGCACCAAACUUGGCACUGUUAUCGUAUGGGAUAUGCGUGCCUCUAUUGCACGAUCAGUGGACACGACGAACACCAUUGAUCCAUCUCGCAUCAUACAUACGGAUUCCCCUGAAAUAUCUUGCCUAGCCCUCUCCUCUUUGUGCCUUGUGCAUGGCGGGAAUGAUGGUCUCGUGCAAGCUUGGGACGUGCUCGCAUCGGAAGUGCAGCCUAUCCGUACGCUUAACUCAAAGUUCUCUUCCCGGGCGCGUCGCAGGCUGCUCCAAGCUCAGGCUAGUCCUCAAGGUGUUGGCAUCAAUCUGUUCGCGGCAGGCGCCAUCUAUCUCGACCCAGAUCCCACCAUACUACGCGGUAUUGUGUCUCUUGGCACGCACUUGCUGUACUGGGCUUAUAGCUCCUCUGCUGCAGACCAAUACAAGUCGAACAAACGCCGGCUUCGCCGAUCCGAACGAGGAAGCAAUGCGGCCACGGAGCGCUUUUCAGGCGCCAUGCGUAGCAACCUCAACAACUACAUCGAGUCCGAGAAGUUCGAGCUUCAUCGUGAGAAGGAGCAACGUAACAAGGAGUCCCAACGGAUCGCUGGUCGUUUUGGCACAGAUCUACUUGAUGGAAGUGAAGAAGAGAUGAUUGCUUAUGCUGCAAUGUUGAGUCAAGAAGCAUUUGAGCGAGACCAUGCUCGUCGAGCUUCUGAUACCAGUGUCUCGAACAGUAUCGCAGCUAGUAGCGUUGAUCGCAGCGUCGCGGCUACUCCAGCGCAAAGCCCUUCUCCGCACCGGCCAACACCCAAAACGGAAGAUGAGCUUGAUGCAGACAUUGCUGAAGCAAUUCGGCAGAGCCUGGCCACCUCGCCGCCUGCGGGUUAUGAAAUUCCUAUCAGACAUGCGAAGCCGAAGAACAAGCGUGCACCAUCUGCUCAAGAGUCUCCUAAGCCGUCGCCGGCAUUGGCGGGCUCUAGUCAAGCAGCUGAACUGAGCGAUCUGGACUUUGCCAUUCAGUUAAGCCUGGCAGAAGAGCAGAGCAAGCAGGCUGCUGGCGAUGAGGAUGCGUUUCCAGGAUUACCGGGGGCCAGUGGAAAGGGCAAAGGGAAGAAAGUGAUGUGAUGGUUUAAUUGAGCAUCGGCUUCCGAGUGUUGAGACGGGUAUUGGGUUCGUAGGUAGGUAGGUACAUGUAGUGUUG